AUGAUUUUUUUUUUUAAAAUUCACAGUAUUGACAAAUCUCUUUCUAUCUUUCUCUCUUUCUCCAGAAACUCUGCAACUCUCCACCCCACUCCCUCUGCUGAUUACUACAUUCCUCUAUUUUCCAGACAUUCACAACUCUUACAACUCAUUCCUAAAAUACACUCUUUAUUGCAUUUCUUUUCUCACAUCUCACACCUUGUCCCACCAAAACUUGUUUAUUUCCACCCUCCAGGUACAAAAUAUUCCUGCCCUGUCUGCAAAAAGACUUUUGCACUCUCCAAGAAUCUCACGAUCCAUAUUCGUUCUCACAGUGUCCAGAAACCAUUUGAAUGUCCAGUGUGUAAGAAAAAAUUUACCAAGAAGGAAAAUCAGAAAGCUCACCUGAAAACCCAUGUUGCUGAUGUGAAACCUAUUCUCUGCCCCGUAUGUGGGCAAAUUUUCUCCAAAAGGAGCCUUAUGAAGGAACAUAUGAGCAAUAUUCAUGUCAUGCACCAGGAGAACCAGGUACUGCAAGGGACUGGAAUGUCAGCCUCAACAUCAACUGGGCGAACUGACUAUUGUGACACAAAUGGAGAUAAUCUCAACUUAUUCCAGCUUUCCCCACCUUUCUACACACCUUCCUCUGGCUACACCCUCUCUCUCCCUUAUUGCACAAUCUACAAGUUAUUUCCUAAUUACCAAUGA